AACAGGUUCAUGCAAAUAACCCAGAGGCCGAGCCUCCCUCCCACCCCUCCUCCUCCUUCCCUCUCUCCGCAUGUGGGACAUCCCAGUGUAUAAAAAGAACAAACCCUCUCCAAAGCAGAUACAACUGACCAAGAAGGAGAAACAGUCCUCAACUCUCCUGAAAACAGCCAACAGAGACACCUCAACUGAUGAGGCCAAGCUAAAGGCUCUGCGCUCAAAACAAGCUACUGAAGACUUCCUCUUGCCUUUUCUUUCUCUAUCUAUCUCUCCAGACUCCGCCAUGCCUCCUCAGCUUCAGUCCCAGAACCAGAGCGGUCCCAGGAUCCUGCAGGGCGAUCUCAGCGCGCUCAGUCCGGCCGUCAAGGAGUUUGUGGAUGCCAAUGUGAGUCUGUGCCAGCCUGACUUCCUCCACAUCUGCGAUGGCUCAGACGAGGAGAACCGCGCCAUCCUGACCCAGCUGGAGGAGCAGGGGAUGAUCAAGAAGCUCAACAAAUUUGAGAACUGUUGGUUGGCCAGGACUGACCCAAGAGACGUGGCUCGUGUGGAGAGUAAAACUGUUAUUGUGACCCGGGACCAGAGAGACACGGUGCCCACACCGCUGGGGGGCGGAGUCAGCCAGCUGGGUUGCUGGAUGUCAGUGGAAGAGUUCGACAAAGCCAUGGCUCAGCGGUUCCCCGGCUGCAUGAAAGGUCGUACCAUGUAUGUGAUUCCCUUCAGCAUGGGUCCAGUAGGUUCCCCCCUCUCUAAGAUCGGAGUGGAGCUGACAGACUCUCCCUACGUGGUGGCCAGUAUGAGGGUGAUGACCCGUAUGGGGAAGGCUGUGCUGUCCACUCUGGGGACGGGCGAGUUCGUCCGCUGUCUGCACUCCGUCGGCUGUCCUCUACCACUCAAAAAGCCCCUGGUGAACAACUGGCCCUGUAACCCCGAGCAGACGUUAAUCGCCCACAUCCCGGACCGCAGGCAGAUCGUCUCAUUCGGUAGUGGUUACGGAGGAAAUUCCCUGCUGGGGAAGAAGUGCUUUGCUCUGCGCAUUGCCUCGCGUAUUGCCAAGGAGGAGGGCUGGCUGGCAGAGCACAUGCUGAUCCUGGGCAUCACCAACCCUGCUGGGGAGAAGAAGUACAUGGCAGCAGCCUUCCCCAGCGCCUGCGGGAAGACAAAUCUGGCCAUGCUCUGCCCCACGCUGCCGGGCUGGAAGGUCGAGUGUGUGGGAGACGACAUUGCCUGGAUGAAGUUUGACAACCAAGGCAACCUACGUGCCAUCAACCCUGAGAACGGCUUUUUCGGAGUUGCGCCCGGCACCUCAGCCAAAACCAACCCCAACGCCAUGGAGACCAUCAUCAAGAACACCCUUUUUACCAAUGUUGCAGAGACCAGCGAUGGCGGUGUGUACUGGGAGGGAAUGGACCAGUCACUGCCUGAGGGAGUCACCAUCACUUCCUGGAAGAACAAGCCCUGGAGCUCGGAAGAUGGCGAACCCUGUGCUCACCCCAACUCUCGUUUCUGCACUCCGGCCGGUCAGUGCCCCAUCAUCGACCCACUGUGGGAAUCCCCAGAGGGAGUCCCCAUUGAGGCCAUCAUCUUCGGAGGACGCAGGCCAGAAGGUGUCCCUCUGGUAUACGAGGCUUUCAGCUGGCAGCACGGAGUGUUUGUUGGAGCAGCCAUGAGGUCAGAGGCCACCGCUGCAGCUGAACACAAAGGCAAGGUGAUCAUGCACGACCCCUUCGCCAUGCGUCCCUUCUUCGGCUACAACUUUGGACAGUACCUCUCUCACUGGCUGAGCAUGGCCGACCACCCCGGCGCCAAGCUCCCCAAGAUCUUUCAUGUCAACUGGUUCCGCAAGAGCCCCACCGCCGGAUUCCUCUGGCCCGGUUUCGGUGACAACAUCCGCGUGCUGGACUGGAUGUUCAGGCGGGUGAAUGGCGAGGCCGGCGCCAUGCCCUCUGCCGUGGGCUACCUGCCCUGCUGCGACUCCCUGAACCUCCAGGGCUUGGAGAAAGACGUGGACCUCAAGGAGCUGUUCUCCCUGGAUCAGGAGUUCUGGCAGAGGGAGGUGGGGGAGGUGAGGAAGUACUUCACCACGCAGGUGAACGACGACCUGCCCAACGAGGUGGCCCGGCAGCUGGAGCUCCUGCAGCAGAGAGUGAAGCAGAUGUAAAGAGGAAAAACAGGAGAGAAGGGAAAGAACAGAACAGCGCGUUAGCAAUUCCGAAGGAGCAUGUUUGUGUUCCUUUAAUAGUGUUUUUUUAUAAACAAAAUCUAACCAACAGCAUCAUCUCACUGCUGGGUUUUGGGUAAACUAGAGCUUUCAUUUUAUUUAGUCUGUGGCCCAACAGGUAAAUUAGGUCUCCAAGCUAACGUUAGUGAAAGUGUUAUUAAUGAGAUAUGAAAGCCUAAAACAUGCGUUUUAGAUGAAUGAGAAGUAUACACUUUGAACACAUUCAACAUGUUGCUGCAAUUAAAUUGUAUGUAAAAAUGGUAUGUGACGCAGGGGUUUUCUAUCCAGAAGUAAUUGUAAACAAACGGUCUAUACGUUUUUGGUUCUACUUGUUUUUUUUCGUUUGCUAGAAAUCCUCCCCUUUUUUCAGAUUAUUAUUCUGAAAAUGCUUCUGUUAAAAUUCAGAUGGGGGUGUUGAGAUGAAUUAUAUGAACUUGUAGGAAUUGUAGAGUUAACAAACAUUCCUCACUGUGCUCAUCGUAUAUGACAGAUGGUACCAGUCAUGACUGCUGGUUUGAAUAGGAAAUGUUUCCUUUCCAUCCAUUCACAUGCUGUCGUAGCAGAACUAUGUUUUAAAUUGUUGUUCCAAUGUAUUGUCCUACUGUAUGUCUGAAUUCUACUAUUUAAUAAUAACUUAUUAUAAGUGCACAUCAUAUCAUCAUUGCCAUAUGGAUCGGUAUGGCACAGAAAGAGUAAAUGAGUCCAGGUUAGUUCAGCUCCAGUGUUGUUUGAUCCCCGAACGUGGGGGAAAUGUAUGUUUUCUGUUCCUAUCAUUAUUUUGUGCCUUCAUUUAUUUUUAUACAUUGUUAGUAUCUCUUGGUUCUGUUUUGUUGUAAUCUUGAGCCCCCAAAGAGGGGAGACAACAAUAAAGGUAUUUAAACGUA